UCCCCUCCCCCCCUCGCAGGACCGCAACCAGGCGGCCAUGACGGUGCUGAACGGCCAUGUGGUGGUGUGCCUGUUCGCGGACCCCGACUCGCCGCUGAUUGGCCUGAGGAACCUCGUGAUGCCUCUCAGGGCCUCCAAUUUCCACUACCACGAGCUCAAACACGUGGUCAUCGUGGGCUCCGUCGACUACAUCAGACGCGAGUGGAAGAUGUUGCAGAAUCUGCCCAAGAUCUCCGUUCUCAAUGGGUCGCCGUUGAGUCGAGCAGAUCUGAGAGCAGUCAAUGUUAACCUGUGCGACAUGUGUGUAAUCCUGAGCGCGAAGGUCCCCAGCAACGAUGACCCGACCUUAGCUGACAAGGAAGCCAUCCUCGCCUCCCUCAACAUCAAGGCCAUGACCUUCGAUGACACCAUUGGGGUCCUUAAUCAGAAUCCCAGUACGGGUGGCGACACCCUGAGUCCACUAGGCUCCCCCAUAGUGCUGCAGAGACGUGGCUCCGUGUAUGGUGCCAAUGUCCCCAUGAUCACGGAGCUCAUCAAUGACAGCAACGUUCAGUUCCUCGACCAAGAUGACGACGAUGACCCAGACACCGAGCUCUAUCUGACGCAGCCGUUCGCCUGCGGUACAGCCUUUGCUGUGUCUGUCUUGGACUCCCUCAUGUCUACGACCUAUUUCAACCAGAACGCUCUUACGCUCAUUCGCUCACUCAUCACUGGAGGAGCAACGCCAGAACUAGAGCUGAUCCUGGCAGAGGGUGCGGGACUGCGGGGAGGAUACAGCACGCCCGAGACACUUGCCAACCGCGACCGCUGUCAGGUGGGGCAGAUCUCCCUCUACGACGGUCCUCUUGGCCAGUUCGGGGAAAGCGGGAUUUACGGAGACCUCUUCUGCGCGGCCCUGAGGAACUAUGGCAUGCUAUGUAUUGGUCUCUACAGAACACUCCGUAUGAGUCCUCAAUCUGGCGUUGGUUUGGACUGCAGAUUCCGCGACACCUCAAGCUCGUGUGACGCGUCGUCCAAGCGGUAUGUGAUAACCAACCCACCAGAUGACUUCAAGUUGCUGCCCACCGACCAGGUCUUCGUUCUGAUGCAGUUCGACCCAGGCCUGGAGUACAAGCCUAACCGGGGAGACAUGGCCAAGGAUGACAACUCCUGACUCCUCCUCUGUAGCGCCCUCACUGACGGACCCUACUCCUACAUCUGAAAGAGUCCAGCGCUGCACCCACACCACACCAACACACCACACACCACCCGCUCAUCACACGCUGCCACCCACCGCCCGCCAACUGUGCCCGCCCGUGAGUGCAGCAGCGGAUGGUAGCGGCCACGUGCUGUGCCUCAGCCGUCCUCCCCAGUACAGUAUUUCCCUCCCCAGAUCUCCUGCUCUUCCUCUCUACUACCUUCCUUCUCACUUCCUCUGCUUCCUUCCCCUCACUCCCUCCCCCAGUACUAUCCACGCCCCAUUGUAGCCACCCCACAUCCUCCCCGUAUAACUUCUUGUGGGUUUUUGGUCUGUUGUGUUCCGUAAGGUCCCAGCACAAGAAGAGGUGCCAGACAGACACCUCGCAUCAUGAGCAGGUGGCCCCAUGUGUGCUUUGUCACCCUAAGUUCAUAUAUGUUCGAGCUGUUCUGUGUAUACUUCUUUUGGUUGCAGGAAUGAACUAACAAAAACACCUCAUUUUAUCUUCAGUCUUUGGCAUCUUUGAAUUAUAUGUAUAUCGAUGUCCUGAAUGAGUAUUUUUUGUGUAUUAUUCUUGACUUUUGUGUGGGAUCGCGGACUUUUGAGAUAGGGAAAAAUUCACAGUUGAAAUAGAAUGUUCCAGCUAUGCAAGUUGCUACCUUGACUCACUCGCUAGUGCCCCAGGUGGUAGGGCGUAGCUCCAUUGUCAGACCCGAGUUUAGUGUUCCGUUGUCAGCCUGCACAUGCCCGGCUCACAGACACACCGGCUUUUUAAAGCCGAUCCUGUCAAGUCUCACCUGCAGCAAGUGCUCAUGUAUUCAGGGUCCUUCAGACUUUCCCGGACGCCUGCCACACACCUGGUAACUCAAGGAUCUCAACGCAAGUGAGUGUCUGCUGAGGAACGAGCUGGGUGGCAGGGACGUGUGGGUUAGUCUGAGAGUGAGGAUGCUACAAUAGAAUGCUAAUUUUUUUAGCAGAUCUUGUUGAUGAUGUAUUAUCUUUCUGUACUCUGUGCAAAACUUUUUAGAUAGCAAAAGUGGUGUUAUUACUUCUGUCACCUUUUCUCUUGCUGUCUUAUGCUCUUCAUUGUGUUUUCAUAAUGUAAAAUUUUGUUUUUAAGUAUUAUGGAAUAAGAAGUUAUAGAUGAUAAUUUCCUCUUCUAAGCACUCAUAAUUUCAUGUAUAACCAGAGUAUCAAAAACUUCUGGCACAGAGGACAACCACGUUUUCACAAGCACCGUCUAGCCAGGGAUAGUUGUUCAGCAAGACUUAGGUCCAGACAUGUGUUUACAUGCGACUUGUUUAGAGAAGAGUUUGAAUAAAAUAUUGAGUGUUA